AUGAAGCCUGGGGUGCGGGUGGAAAAUAGGGAGACGAUGGAGGCGCCGGCGCUUCAACAGCCCGUGAAGUCAGGCCGUGGGGGUUAUUUGCGGUGCCCCUUUGACAUUGACUCAGCUUUUGCCGCGGUGGCGGAGUUAAACGCGGCGGGAGGCACUUUAGGUCACAAGACUCACCGGCCGCACGCCGUACGUGGGAGCGGCGCUGGGAAUGAUGGCGACAACGAUGAGGAUGACGUUUGCCGUCCUUGGAAUCGAGCAGGGGUUGGCGCAAAGGCCCUCAGCGCAAAGGAGAGAAGAUUACAGCAGCAGGACGCAGAGCGUAUCUACGGUUCCAUGGCCGCUUGUAACGUCGAUGAGAACACUGGGGAUGCGUCUACAGUCCCGGAUAAGGGUUUGGCGGUUGCGCUCUCCACAUGGGAAAAGACGGCCCUGCAGCGUGUUUUGCCGCGGGGAGUAUUCAAGAGGAAACGUCAGCGCAACAAUGAAAAUUGUGGAGAGGAAGCAGUGGAUGGAGAAGGUUGCAACGAAGUGGGGAGGCAGCAACGACAAAAUAAUGUGUUAGGACGGAGGAGAGAGGGUGAAGAACUCUCUUUGUCUGCUGGAGUUGGGGACUCACACCGUAAGACGGGGGGUGACCAACAUGAAAAUGCUCAUCCACGUGAAUUUGGGGGUUCAUAUGCAACAAAAAAGACGGAAGAACAGUCGCGCACAGAGAAAAACAAGCCAAUAAACAGACUCCAAAGACUGGAUGCGAUACGAAACGCUGCACUGUUUGGAAAGAAAAAAUAG